AUGAAAGUUUUAAAUAUUCUUGGAUUGUUAUUCACCCUUGUGGUUGUUGCUGAGGCUUCAGGUAAAUCUCCAAAAAGUUAUGAUGAUUUAUUUAUCACUAUGCAAUCAUGUACUAGAUAUAUUUCUAAAUUCGGUACUGUUUGUAAAUCUUCCAAAGGUAAAAACACUUUUAAUUACAAAUGUUAUUGUAAUGAUAAACCAGGUUUUGGUACUAUUUCCGAUUGUUUUGUCACUGGUUAUAACAAUGAUUCAAGUGUUAUUAAUAAUUUUGUUAAUGCUUGUAACCUGACUACUGAAGAAUUCUAUUCUGAAUACGCUAAGAUUCAAGAUGAAUUCACUGCUAAUGGUACUGAAUAUGCUAAGAAGGCUAAAAAGUCAAACAGUACUUCCUCCUCAUCAAACUCAACAGUUGUUUUAACUACUCCAUUGCAUAUUAACUUUAACGAACCAUUUGUUCCAUAUAGAAGAGCUUACAAAAUGUACUACAAUAACUUUAACCUUUCAUUGGAUUAUGGUGCUAUCAUGUUGGGUUAUUGGGCUGGUGUUAUUGCUCUUGCUAUGAUUUUCAACUUCUUUAUCAAAAUGUUUCCAAAAACAUAUUCUAAAAUCACUGGUAAAAUUGUUAAUUUUUUCAGAAAGAAUGUUUUCUUACCAGCUACUUUUACCAAAAAGAAAUCUCAAGAAUUUACUUUAGGUUUUGGUGGAUUUUUCGAUGGUUUAAUUCCAAGUAGAAUUGAAACUAUUGUCAUUAUUGUUUUUGUUUUACUUACUGGAUUUUUGAAUGCUUUACAUAUUCAUCAUGUUGAAGGAAAUCCACAAUAUUCUACUAAGAAUGCUGAAUUGGGUCAUUUUAUUGCCGAUAGAACUGGUAUUACUGUCAGUUAUUUAAUCCCAUUAUUAAUUUUAUUUGGUGGUCGUAAUAACAUCUUACAAUGGUUAACUGGUUGGGAUUUUGCUACUUUUAUCAUGUAUCAUAGAUGGAUUUCCCGUAUUUCAGUUCUUUUGGUUAUUGUUCACGCUAUUGCCUUUUCUGUUUCUGAUAAAGCUACUGGUAAGUAUGCCAAACGUAUGAAGAGUGAAUUCAUGAUUUGGGGUACUGUUGCAACCAUUUGUGGUGGAUUUAUUUUAUUCCAAGCUAUGUUAUUUUUCAGAAGAAAAUGUUAUGAAGUUUUCUUUUUAAUUCAUAUUGUUCUUGCUACUUUCUUUGUUGUUGGUGGAUUUUUCCAUCUUGAUAGAAUGGGUUAUGGUGAUUUCAUGUGGUCUGCAAUUGCUGUUUGGGUAUUUGAUAGAGUUGUUCGUAUUGGUAGAAUUUUAUUCUUUGGUGCUCCAAAAGCUGAAGUUACUAUUAAAGGUGAUGAAACUUUAAAAGUUAUUGUUCCAAAACCAAGAUAUUGGAAAUCCAUUCCAGGUGGCCAUUGUUUUAUCCAUUUUGUCAAACCAACUUUAUUCUGGCAAUCACAUCCAUUUACUUUUACUGCUACUGAAGAAGAUGAUAAAAUUGUCUUGUAUGCUAAAAUUAAAACUGGUAUUACUAAACAAAUUGCUAAAAGCUUAUACAAUACUCCAGGUCAAACAGGUACUGUUAGAGUUUUAGUUGAAGGUCCAUAUGGUGAACCAAGUGGUGCUGGACGUACUUGUGAUAAUUUAGUUUAUGUUGCUGGUGGUAAUGGUAUUCCAGGUAUUUAUUCCGAAUGUGUUGAUGUUGCUAAGAAAGCCAAGAAUCAAUCUAUUAAAUUAGUUUGGGUUGUUAGAAAUUGGAAAUCUCUUACAUGGUUCAAAGAAGAAUUGGAAUACUUGAAAAAGACUUCAAUUAUUACAACCAUUUAUGUUACUCAACCUCAAGAUGCUACUGGUUUAGAAUGUUUCAGCAGCAAUAAUGGUAACGACAGCUCCAUUGAAAAGAAUGAAGAUUACGAUGAAAAGAAUUCUGUCAAUACUUCUUCUGAAUCCAUCAUUUCAAGCAUUAAAGAAACUUUCUCCAAUAUUGAAUUUAUUGAAGGUCGUCCAAAUAUUGAAGAACAAGUCAAAAAAGAUAUUCAAGAAACUAAUGGUGCAAUUGGUUUUAUUACUUGUGGUCAUCCAGCUAUGGUUGAUGAAGUUAGAUAUUUCGUUAAAGAAAACUUGGAUGCUUCAAAAUACAAGGUUGAAUUCCAUGAACAAUUACAAACCUGGGCUUAG